GGACACCGGCGCUGCCCCGGGGCCGGUGCCGGGAAGAACCUCCCGCUCCUCCUGGCAGCUCUCCGGCCGCCUGUUGGGAAACAGCGCUCGCUUUGUUCUUUCACAAGGAACUAAGACAACGGGGGAAAUCCCAAAUUUCAGCAGUGGUGCAACCGUUCCUGUAAGCCCGUCUUGGGGCUGGCAGGCGCAAGCCCCGCUGUGCCCCAGGGGUUUGUUCACCCUGGGCUGACUCCUGCCCUUCGCAUCCACCCCUGCCCGAGCCCGGGACGCUCCCGUGGGGCCGGGCACGGCUCCAGCGGGGGGAGGAGGGAGCGCCGAGCUAUAAAUCCGACACCUGCGGCACCAUUCCCCAUCCCACGGUGACACCGGAGCAGCUGCGGCGAGAUGAGGACCGAGGGGCUGAGCCUGGGGCUGGUCCUGCUGUGCUUGCUGCGUGUGCAGGCUGCGGACCUGGGAACUGUGGAGCCAGACGGGAGCAAGGUUGCAGGGACAUGGUACAUCACUGCUAUGGCCUCUGACUCCAAGAGCUACCUUGAAAAGAAGGACCAACUGAAGAUGGCGAUGGCCAACAUUGAGGUCCUGGGGGAUGGUGACCUGAAUGUCUCCUUUGCAAUUCCCACCCCUGAGAGAUGUAUGAAGUUUGCAUCGAUCUACAAGCCAACAGGCAACCCGCGUGAAUACCACAGCUCAGACAGAGGCAAUAAGACGGUGCGGCUGGUGGAUACCGAUGACAGGUCCUACAUGGUUGUCUUUGCCACCAGAGAGAAGGAUGGGAAGAAGCUGAACAUGCUGAGACUUUACAGCCGAGCCCAGUGGGUGAGACCCAAAAUCAAAUCGCUGUUCAAGAAACUUGCCAAGCUGCAUGGCUUCACUGACGAGACCAUCUGGAUUUUACCCAGGCAGGAGGAAUGCCGACUUGGUGAACCAUAGAAGUACAGACUGGCUCGUGGGUGCUCCUGUCAGACGAUGUGGGACCCAUGCUCUGAGGCUCCAGGCUCCUGCUCCACCAUCCUUCAUCCAAGCUCUGCUGUCAGGACUCUGACACAGCCCCUGCUCCUCCAGCACACAGUCCCUGUUUGUGCCAAAUAAACAGAACCUCCACCUGC